AUGGAUCCUCGAAACCAUCCUUCCCGGCCCCCAUCGACCAGUUUACCUCAGGGAUCCUCCGCGCCCAUCUCGAGCAUGCCGAUGCCUCAAUACACGAUGCAGCCUCAGUACCCGGUUUCUCAGCCGCACACCCUGCCCCCUCUCCAGCCGCAUCAUAGUCAGUCGCCGGCUCCCCACUCCUACAUGGGUCAGCCACCAUACCGGCCUGAUAUGAACAGGUACCCGGCGUCAAGCCAUGAUGUGUACGCGUCGUCUGCUGCGCCGAUAAUGCCUCACACCAGUGUGGGUAGUCUGCCUCCCACAUCUUUCCUCUCCCACCCAAAUCCGCAGGCACAGCCGCCGUCGCAGCACUAUCCUCCGCCUCACAGUGUGCUCCCACCUGCAUCGAGUGCCCAGACGUAUCCGCAGCCAAUUGCGCCGGCGCCUCCCCGGGACCGUCGUGCUGAUUUCAAUGGCGUUCCAUCUGGUGCAUUCAGCUUCAAUGAUGGAAAGCCUCAACAUUGGAUGGGCCCGGAUCCAGUCGCCGCAAAUGGUGCUCCUUAUCCUGGAAAGGAAUCCCCGCGAACUCAGGUCGUGGGAUCCCAGGGCCGACGUGGUAUUCUCCCAAGUGUGCCCGGUCGCGCGACUCCGGUUACCAAUGGUGUUAAUGGCACAGCGAAGAACACUACGAUUCCAGCCAAGGAUGCAGACGGGAAAUUCCCCUGCCCGCAUUGCAACAAGACCUAUCUUCACGCCAAACACCUGAAGCGUCAUUUGCUGCGCCACACUGGAGACCGCCCAUACAUGUGUGUUCUUUGCAAAGACACGUUCUCUCGCAGUGAUAUUUUGAAACGCCACUUCCAAAAGUGCUCAAUUAGACGUGGUAACCCCACCGGAGCAACUCACUUGUCGCACCCCAACGCCCAUGUCAAGAGGUCACAACAGCAAGCUGCGGCAAAUCCUGCAAAACCUGUCCAGGAUGAAGUAAAACAACCGGUCGUCCACGACCCUAAGCGCCCUGUGAUGCCUGGACAUCCCGGCCACGAGCUCGACUGGACCACCAUGUUCCAACCCGGUGCCCCCGAAGGUUACAUGAACCCCGUGUUCUCCCAGUCUAUGCCUGGUGGCCAAGAACCUAUUCACGCCCAUGUUGAUGCCGAGCGCAAAUACUAUCCCAGCACCACCGCCGGUGCUCAGGAGGGUGGAAUGAAUGGCCUGUACAUGGCUUCGACUAUGGGUGGCGACGGUACUGUUCAGCCCGCCCGACCAUAG